CCUGGACCCUGGUCGGCCGCUGCGGUGACUAGUCACCCUUAACGUACCCUCUGGGACGAUUUGGCGACGUGUCUUCUUCUGGUAGCCCUGUCUCUCUCACCGCUUUUUAAGUUGGGAAAGAACUGAAGAAAGGGCGACCCAAGCAACUUACAACAAGACGAUGUUGGCCAAGACUUUGUUUCUCUCUGUCGUGGUACUGUUGGGAGCUUUCUGUUCAGAAGCUCAAGCUGCGGUCCUUGGCCGGUUGGAAACCAGCCUGGACAGAGUUAAAAGGCAAACCAAUGAGAAUGAAGCUCUGAUGAAGGACUUCAUCUGGACGCCAGGGGUCGCUGCUUCAGUGAAGGACGGCAUGGAAACGUCCCUCCAGGCUCCGUCCCCUGCCGACUGCGCCGCGCGGUGCGUGGAGAGGGGCCGCGCCCGGUGUCUUUCCUUCGAGUACGUCAAAGUCCGGAAGACAUGCCUCCUGAAGAAGGGGAACUCUUACACCGUGGGGCUGCGGCUUCGCCUGGAGGCCAGCUCCGACUUUUACGAGUUACGCGAAGAAUUAAAACCACAACUCAUGAAGCCGAGGGAAGAGGAGCCCCGGCCGCUCGUUCGUGCAAAGUCGGAGCCGAACCGAGCGGACCCGAACGAGCCCGAACCUGAGAAAGCCGAACGCGGCGGACGAAGGGGUGGAGGAAAGAACAGGGGGAGGGGGAAGGGAAGGAACAGGGGGCAAGAAGAGAGAGGUCGCCAGGAUGAGGAAAGUUUUCUGAGGAAGCAAGGAGAAGGAGACGACGAGCAACAGACCACCCUUGCGCCGGAGCUUACUACACCGGAAAAGGAGAUGCGAAAGCCCGCCAUUGUACCAACAACCACCCCUACCCCCACUGGCAACAAACAGCCCGAAAAGGAAGACAGGAAAAAGAAGGGUGGUAAGAAGAGAGAGAAGGGGAAGAAAAGGAAGGACGGGAAGAGAAAGGGGAAGGGGAAGAAGAGGAACGGAAAAGAUGACAACAACAACAACAACCGGGUUGCCGCAAAGUUCAAAGAAGCCGCCGUUGUCCCGGAUGUACUGGACAACCCUCCCAUGGAAAAAGCGGAAGUGAAGUUCGAUGACGUCAGAGUCAGUUUCGGGAAGACCCUGACCCCAACGGACACCAAGAACGAGCCGAAAGUCACGUGGCCAGCCGAAGACGGUCAGCUGUACACCUUGGCCAUGAUAGAUCCUGACUCGCCUAGUAGGGCUGACCCUCGGUACGGCCAGUGGAAGCACUGGCUUGUGGGUAACAUUCCCGGAAAUGACGUCAGCAGAGGCGACGUCAUUUCCGAAUACAUCAGCCCCAUCCCUCUGGUCGGUACGGGGCCGCACCGUUACGUCAUUUUGGUUUACAAGCAGACCAAGAGGCUGGAUUUUGACGAGCCCAGGCAGACAAGCAUAACGGCAAGAGGCAGGGGGUUGUGGAAGGUCCGCGCGUUCGCUGAAAAGUACGAGCUGGGGGACCCCGUGGCGGGAAAUUUCUUUGAAGCUGAAUGGGACAAAUGGGCCAAGAAGGUGUUUGAUCAGCUGGCCACCAAAAGGAAGAAGUAGAGAGAAACAAACUUUCAGUAGAAGCUUUAGGGACUAUAUAUAUAUAUACUAACGUUUUUAGAGUUAAAACUUUAGAUCCAACACAAAAAGUUC